AUGUCAGGGGUAACCUUAGCUACGGGUCCAGAUGAGACGACAUCUUCAGCAAGAAAGCCUGAGCGACAACAAGGUGUAAUGGGAUCACUUCGAGUAAUUGAGCUACAAUUAGUAGCUUUCAUUAUGGUUUUCUCCGCUAGUGGUCUUGUACCAUUACUUGAUCUAAUUUUCCCAGCACUUGCAUCCGCAUAUCUUUUGCUUCUUUCGCGAUUUGCGUUUCCAUCACUUGGCACAACUACUUCUAGUUCCCACGAGAUAUUAUUUCAGGGCAGUCGGUUUUUCCGUCUUUAUAUGGUUGCUGGUACUAGUGUUGGAUUGUUCUUGCCAUUGGCAUAUGUUUUGGGUGGAUUUGCUAGGGGUGAUCAACAUGCGGUUCGCUCUGCCACUCCUCAUUUGUUCUUGCUUUCUUUUCAAAUUCUAACUGAGAAUAUUAUAAGUGGAUUGUCCCUCUUUUCUCCGCCGAUUAGAGCACUUGUUCCCCUGGUUUAUACAGUUAGAAGGAUCGUUGUCUUGAUUGAUUGGAUACAAGAUGUGUGGAUCAACAAGACUUUACCCCCAAAUGCACAAUUCAAGGAUGUGACAUGGUACUGGUUUGGGAAGGGACUGGCAGUGGCUAAUCUGGCGUAUUUUUCGAUCAAUCUGUUUGGUUUCUUGAUUCCGCAAUUUCUUCCACGGGCUUUCGAGAGGUACUUCAGGGAGAGGAGUGAGGUUAAUUCGAAGUUGGCUGAAGAUAAGCACUCACAAGCUAUGAACAGAACAAAACACGCAGACAAGAAGGCAGAGUAAUUGGCCAAAAUGUAUGUCUAGC